UCAAAUUACUAAUAUACAACAUGGGUCAUACUUUGGUAUGACAAAUUAUUGACAGUUCAUUGAGACUAUACCAGCUGCUUUUGAAGUCAAAGACAGUAUUGUUAUUUUUAACUUUAAGUCGUAGUACCACCUGUCUCUUCCCAUGGUCUGACCACAGUGUUGUAAAUGAUUAAUACUGAUAACAGUAUGGAGACACCAUAUAGGCACCAUUUUGGAGGUGUGAGUGAGGAAGGCUAUAAGAGUUCACUGCCUUUGUUCCAUCCCUUCUGUGGAUGAGACUGACUUCUGUUAACAUGACUACCCCUCUGUUCACUGCUCUGUCCUUCCUGGCUAUGCUGGCCCUUGGGUCAUGUCUAGCUACCUUGCCAGAGGAGCAGCCCUAUGUGGAGCGUGCUGGUAUCCAAUAUAGCGCUAGGCCUUACAACUCCCUCCUCACCGUGCCCAAUGGAGAGCAGUUUGGGAACUGGACCUGGCCCGAGAUGUGUCCCGACAAGUUCUUCGCCGUUGGGUUCAUGCUCCGGGUGGAGUCCGAACAGUACGGUCUGGACGACACUGCCCUGAAUGGCAUUCGCUUGAUCUGCGCUAAGGACGAAGAUAGGAGCUUCUUGUACACCAUUGAGUCUCACACUGGAUUCUUUGGUGACUGGUCGGACCCUCAGUAUUGCCCCAGGGGUGUGCUGACUUCCUUCCAGCUGCGUGUGGAGCCCCACCAGGGUCUGUUCGGUGACGACACAGCCGCCAACAACAUUAGGUUCCGCUGCAGCAGCAACCCCACCCUCACAGGCGCCGGCCUGGACUACGGCGAGUACAGCCUCUGGAGCCAGGAUUGUGGCGAUGGAGGAAUCUGUGGCAUCGAGACCAAGAUGGAGGAAUACCAGUACGGUCUGGAUGACUCAUCUCUCAAUGACGUGCGCUUCCACUGCUGCGCCAAACUCCAGCAGUAAUCAUCUGAGGGAGAUACCUCCUCUGGACCAAUCUCAACCGGCCCAGACCUGUCAACACACAGGCUCUGACCCACGAUCCAUUCAAUCCAAUCUCCACCCAAUAUCUGAAUCUACCACUGGUUAAAACCUAAUAAAUCAUUCAACUGUC